AUGGAGAGCUUCCUUCAAUUGGUUCUUCUCUACGUAGUUGUUAGUCACUUGUGGGGCAUGGUACAAGAUCUUCUUCUGGUUCCGUCACAAUAUAUGCCUUCAUUGCUGGAUGAGCUUUGCUUGCCAGUUUGUGUGGAUGAAGGGUUCGGUUUGCCUGGGCUACUGGUUGUUUGUGUGAGUUUUGUUGAUUUCAGGUCCAGUUGUGAGCUUAUGGUGUUUUCUGGUGGGCUUGGGGUAUAUGGAUGGUUGUUUGUGAUGGGCGAUGGGCGAUGGGCAUCCUCAUUUGGGGGUAAAUUGGAUGGUGUAGCAGAAUCUUUGUAUGAUUUUGUGUGCACUACAGACAUCUUGGGAUUGUGUGCUUCAUCUGUGUCAGCGGAAGCAGAGAGGAUUUAUAAAUGCAAAGGGCGUGUUUUUGCCCUACAGGAUGAACCAGAGGUUGCCAGAGUUUGGCUGCCUAACAAUGAUUCCCCUGGCCUUGCCAUGGCCCGUGCUUUUGGAGAUUUCUGUCUGAAGGAUUUCGGUCUCAUCUCCGUGCCAGAAAUUUCCUAUAGGCGCAUCACAGAGAAAGAUGAGUUUGUAGUCUUGGCGACAGAUGGGAUUUGGGAUGUGUUGUCGAACAAAGAAGUGGUAGACAUUGUGGCUUCCGCCCCAUCACGUUCGUAUGCAGCUCGGGCACUGGUUGAGUUAGCAGUUCGAGCUUGGCGGUUUAAGUAUCCGACUUCUAAAGUUGAUGACUGUGCAGUGGUGUGUCUCUUCCUUGACUCAAACCUAAACAAUUUAUCUACGGCUUCCACUACCAAAUCCAAAGAAAAGACUGCCUCAAUGGAAUUAAUUGGCAUUGCCGGUGAGAAAGAAGAUCUCUCUUGCUCAACCGUGCCAAACCAUUCUGGAACUAUUCGAACUGCCAAAGAGAUCGUUGGAGAAGGAAGCAAAGAGGAAGCCUCAGAAGGAAGCGAGGAGGAAGCAGAUCUGCACGAGGAAUCAGGAACAGAGUGGUCCGCUCUUGAAGGAGUGUCUCGUGUGAACACAUUAGUGACAUUACCAAGGUUUGUGCCUGAGAAAGAAAAGAAGAAAGCAACUGGAGAAACAAAGGCUAGGAAAUUAUGA